GGAGCGCACACUCGUCUCCCCCUCCUCUUACAACCCUCUCCAUCCGUCCUCUCCGACAGUCGGAGCCGACCUCCGCGAAGCCACUGUGGAUUUUACCCCUACUUACAUCUGUGUGAAUGGGAAUGAGCCGCACGGCGCAGAAGUGAUGGAGACUCUGCCUUCAUAGUUACUGGAACUUAUUCCACAAGGAGGAAACUAAUCGCGCGUGUCCGUCCGGAUUUUGCCUUUCUGUUUUUUUUUCUGGCCGCCGAACCCGCCCGGGCAUCGGGGUGAUAUCUGGCGUCCGUUCAUUCUCCCACACCCCACGGCUCCGCUCCUUCAUGUGUCCGUGCCUUUAUUGACAGUUGGAUUUUCCGCUGUUCAAGAACAAGAAUCCACGCGAAGCAGGAUUGCGGGUGUCUCCCGACUGGUUUCCUCGAGCUCACCGGGACCGGAGCGCGGCAGCAUGGAGCUGCUGUCGGGCGGAUGUACCGGUGCCGGGCAGGUGCUGGUGCCGAUGAGGAUAAGAGGACUCUACCUGCUGCUGCUCUGCUGGCUGCUGACUGCUCGCUCCACAGCGCACGCCUCCGAGGCCUUCUCCUCCUCCUCUUCCUCCUCCUCCUCCUCCUCGUACAGCCCCGGAGGGUUCGUGGACUUCACCUUCACCCGGGAGCCCGAGGACACGGUGACGGUGCGCGGGGGCACGCUCCAGCUGGACUGCCAGGCGCAGGCCGACGCCGCGGGGGCGGCUCUCAGCAUCACGUGGCGCAAGGACGGCGUGCUGCUGAGCACGGUGGUGGACGAGCGGCGCCGGCAGCUGGCCAACGGAUCGCUGCUGGUGCAGAACGUCAUGCACUCCCGGCACCACCGGCCCGACGAGGGCGAGUACCAGUGCCUGGCCACCCUGGAAGGACUGGGGAGCAUCGUGAGCAGGACGGCCCGGGUCACGGUGGCUGGUCCACUGAAGGUGGUGGUUCCUACCGAGUCGGUCUCCUCGUACCUCGGCGACACAGCGCUGCUGCGCUGCGAGGUGUCCGGUGAGCCCACCCCUGUCAUCCGCUGGCAGAAGAACCGCGAGGACGUCCCGAUGACCUUUGACCCCGACUCUCGCCUGGCCGUGCUGCCGUCUGGGUCCCUGCAGGUCAGCCGCGUGCAGCCGCCAGACUCGGCCACGUACCGCUGCCUGGCCGACAACCCCGGCAGCACGAGGACGGGGACAGACGCUGAGCUCCGGGUGCUCCCAGAACCUGGCGUUAGCAGGACCCUUCAGUUCCUCCAACGUCCAACCAGAGUAACUGCUCUACUGGGAACUGAUGCUGUGCUGGAAUGUUCAGCCUCUGGAUACCCAACACCAAGCAUCCAGUGGAGGAGAGGAGAGGAACUCAUCCAGAGCUGGAAUAAGAAGUACUCUUUGCUGGCGGGCAGUAAUCUGAUCAUCAGGAGUGUCACUGACGAUGACUCAGGCAGUUACAGCUGUACAGCUGCCAAUAAGAACCACAACAUCACUGCACACACAGAGCUGGGUGUACUGGUGCCCCCUCAGUUCCUGAACUACCCAACCAACAUGUACGCCUACGAGUCCACUGACAUUGAGCUGGAGUGUGCAGUGACAGGAAACCCACCGCCAACAGUUCGCUGGAUAAAGAACGGAGAGGAAGUCAUCCCCAGUGAUUAUUUCCAGAUAGUGGACGGUAGCAACCUACAGAUUCUGGGUUUGGUGAAGUCGGAUGAAGGAUUUUAUCAGUGCGUCGCAGAAAACUUAGCUGGCAGCUCACAGGCAAUGGCUCAGCUGUUCCUCAGAGAACCAGAGGCCACGUCGGCUCAGUACAGACCUGCCCACACACCAGCUCCUUCUCCUCGCCCUCCUUCUGUUCCUUCUGGCAUCCCUUUGACUUACUCCUCCUCCUCUGAUCCCCCACCAGUGUCCCCCAGCCCAGGCGUUGCCCUCCCCUCUGCCCCUCGCGACCUGGUCCCUGUCCUAGUGUCCAGCCGAUUUGUUCGUCUCAGCUGGCGCCCCCCAGAACAGACCCGAGGAGCCGUGCAGACCUACGGUAUCUACUACUCCCAGGAUGGAGUCGAGCGAGAGCGGUCAGUGAACGUCUCAGAGCCGGAGUCGCUGGAGCUGACCGUCUCAAACCUGAAGCCCGAGGAAAGCUACAGCUUCAGAGUCGUGGCCUACAACGACAUAGGACAAGGGGCGAGCUCCACCCCCCUGAGGAUUACCACCAAGCCUGACCUCCAGGUUCCCAGCAGGGUGGAGGCCCUACAUGCUGAGGCUCUGUCCCCCACCUCCAUCCAGGUCGGCUGGGAGCCUCCCAGCCAGCCAAACGGCCCUAUCCUCGGUUACAGGCUGCUCUGGACCGAGAGCCCAUCUGGCAAGGAGCAGAGUGUGGAGGUGAGUGGACUCAACUAUAAGAUGGAGGGACUCAAUAAGUUCACAGAGUACACAGUUCGGGUCUUGGGCAUCAACCGCUACGGACCAGGCACCACCUCAGAGACCAUCAGUGUAACCACCCAUUCAGACGUGCCCAGCGCAGCACCACAGAACAUCACCUUGGAGGUUGUCCUGUCCCGGAGCAUCAAAGUAUCGUGGCAGCCACCUCCACGGAGCACGCAGAACGGACUCAUCACCGCAUAUAAAAUCAAAUACAGGAAGACCGGUCGCCGUGGAGACCAAGAGGCCAUCGAACCCAACAACUUCUGGUACCUGUUCACAGGUCUGGAGAAGGGCAGUCAGUACAGUUUUCAGGUAGCAGCCAUGACGGUCAAUGGAACCGGUCCAGCCAGUGAGUGGUACACUGCAGAGACACCGGAGAACGACCUGGAUGAGAGUCAGGUACCGGCUCAGCCCAGCUCGCUGCACGUCAGGCCGCUGCCCAACAGCAUCAUCAUGUCCUGGACUCCACCUCUAAGCCCCACCAUUCUUGUCCGAGGUUACAUCAUCGGCUAUGGCGUUGGAAGCCCCUACGCCGAGACAGUGAGGGUGGACAGCAAGCAGAGAUACUACUCUAUUGAGAACCUGGAGCCAAGUUCGCACUACGUGAUUUCCCUGAAGGCGUUUAAUAACGCUGGAGAGGGAGUUCCUCUGUACGAGAGCGCUGUCACUCGAUCUCUGACAGACCCCAUAGAUCCAUCUGAGGAUGACCUCUUCCAUCUCUUUGAUAAAUACCCCACUCCCAUGCCAGACACCAGCACUCCCAUGAUCCCUCCAGUAGGGGUCCAGGCUGUUGCCCUGUCAUCGGACUCGGUCCGUGUCUCCUGGGCUGACAAUUCCAUGACCAAGAAUCAGAAGUCCUCUGAGGUCCGCUACUACUCAGUGAAGUGGAAGACGAGCUACUCGACUAGUGGAAAGUACAAGUCUGCAGACACCGCGGCGCUCAGCCACACUGUCACCAGCCUCAAACCAAACACCAUGUAUGAGUUUGCUGUCAUGGUAACCAAGGGCCGCAAGUCCAGCACCUGGAGCAUGACAGCGCAUGCCACCACGUAUGAAUCAGCUCCUAGCUCUGCCCCCAAAGAUCUGACCGUAAUCAGCCGUGAGGGGCGACCACGUGCCAUUUUAAUCAGCUGGCAGCCACCAAUGGAAGCCAAUGGACGGAUCACAGGUUACAUCCUGUACUACACGCUGGAUAAAAACAUGCCAAUCGAUGACUGGGUGAUGGAGGCGAUCAGUGGCGACCGACUGACCCACCAGGUGGUCGACCUGAACCUGGACACAGUUUACUACUUCAGGAUUCAGGCUAAGAACGCCAAAGGAGUGGGUCCGCUGUCUGACCCGGUCCCCUUCAGAACUGCUAAAGUGGAGCAUCCAGACAAGAUGGCCAAUGAUCAAGGUCGAGGUGGAGACCACACCUACUGGCCGUCUGAUACCAACCUGAUUGACAGGAGCAUUGUUAAUGAGUCUCCCAUCAGUCAGAUGCGUCCGCCUCAUGGCAGUGCCACCCCUCAGAAGAACAGCAACCUCCUGGUCAUCAUCGUGGUCUCCGUAGGAGCCAUCACUGUGGUGGUGAUCGUCAUCGUGGCGCUCAUCUGCACGCGACGCUCCUCCGCCCAACAGAGGAAGAAGAGAGCGAGUCACAGCGCCAGUAAGAGGAAGGGCAGCCAGAAGGACCUGAGGCCCCCCGACCUCUGGAUCCACCACGAGGAGAUGGAGAUGAAAAACAUGGAGAAGGCCCCGAGCAUCGCCCCCUCCGGACACGACUCACCCAUCCAGCCGUGUCAGGACCUCCCCCAGGUCGCACACAGCCAAUCAGAGAGCCAGAUCGGCAGCAAGAGCAGCCACUCAGGGGCAGAUGCUGAUGAGGCUUCCAGCAGCAUCUCCACUUUGGAACGCUCCCUGGCCGGCAGGAGGGGGACGCGAGGCAAAAUGAUGAUUCCCAUGGACUCACAACCAAGCAACACACCCGUGGUCAGUGCCAUCCCAGUUCCAGCUCUGGACUCGUCUCAGUAUCCUGGGAUCCUGCCUUCACCUUCAUGCAGCUUUACACACAACAAGUUCAGCCUGAGACCGAUGCCUUUCCCCAGCCUCACUGUGGACAGAGGAUACACACCAGCGAUGCCCUCAGAUGCCUCCACCAAUCCUCUCCUCCAGCAGCAGCCUCCACCGCAGCAGGCCCCCCCCCUCCUGCCCGGCUCCGCCGCGCCUCCUGUGGAGCACGUUCCCGGGGUCGGCCUGGUUCCAGGAGCCCCGGCUGCCGCCGCCUCCGUAGUGGAGGAGCCCCAGACAGGCAGCAGUCGGACCAUCCCAACGGCCUGUGUGCGGCCCUCCCACCCGCUACGAAGCUUCACCAACCCGCUGCUGCCCCCGCCUAUGGGGACCAUCGAUCCUAAGGUGUACACCUCCAUGAUGCCUCAGUCAAACAGGACCUUGCCUUGUGAAGCCUUGUUGCUCCUCUCAGGAUUGAUCCCGAUGAACCCUCUGAAAUACAUCUGUAUGUUAAGAGUUAAAGUUUAUACAAUUUUCUUGCACAGUGAGAUACUGAUAAUGACAUAAACCAUUUACACAACACAUUAAUUUUAGCAUUGACCAUUUAUUUCCUGUGGUAUGUAACCUAAUAGAAUAGAGCAACCCCUUAUUGCAAACACACAAAUUGAAGGUGCAAAAAAGAAAAGUCAGCAGCAUGCCCAGACACAAAACUAGCUGGAAGCUCUCACAAAUGACAUGCCCCUCAAUACUGACCAUCCAGCCAUGAAUACAGCUGGCUGGUGUUUUACCUGAAACCUAGGAAAAAUAGUUUCAACAAUAAAUAUUCAUUUACAGAUUAGCUCUAAAUACUCACAUUUAUGUUAAAUAAGCCCAGCAACCUACACAAACAGCUGUGUUCAUUCAAGUUAUGCAGGUACUAAAGGUUGAAGACAAUGCAAAUUUAAAAGCAUCAUGUAAUUUGCACGAUAACAAUAAAAAGUCCAGUACCAGUUUGCAAUGUCACUAUUUUCUUUUAAGACAGAGAAGCUAUUACCCUUCCUCCCUUUAGUGCUUUUGUCUUAAUUUUGAAAUUUAGACAUCUCUGCCUAAAACUUACAUCAUUUAGCUGAGCAUAUGUAUUACUGAAUUACUGUUUUCACUCCUCAAAGUAAAAUUAUGCUGUAGAAUGCCGUUAAAAGACAUUUAUUUUCAAUGAAAUUAAUACAGCAAUGUACUGCAUUUGGCAAUUACAGAAAUAUAUUGUUGAACCUUUUAAGUAAGUUAAAAGUAGUAAACAGCAAAAUCUAAGAGUGUAGAAGUGAAGGAAAACUAAAUGUAAGCAGUAAAAUAAUGUUUUCUGAUACUUUAAAAGGAGCUGGUCAAAACUAGAAACAUGUAACCCUGAAUAAAUGACAGUCCAGUUAAAAACAUGUAUCAUGUGAGACAUACAAGGUUAACAUCUGCCAGAAACGAAGUACAAAUAUACUGCUGCUAGAAAAACCCGAGUUGAAAAAAAAUAUUGUCAACAGCGUAAACAUCUGCACUUGAAUAAGAGAGGAGCGGGUUUGCUUCUUAAUGGAGCCCAGAAACACCGUCCUGCCUUAGUUUGUAUCAAUUUUUAAAGAGAGACCUUCUUCACUUUUUAAAUUGAGUCUCCAAAGCUCCAUCCGCAGAGUAAAGCAUGAUGGAGGGCAGUUAUUCAUCUAAACUGGCCUAAAUGUGUGGUUUAAUGCUGGGAGCCGUAAUGGGAUUGUCUGACUCAACGUCUGAUACUAAUAAAAGACAUUUCAGCUGCAGCUGGAGGCAGCUAGAGUCAGCUGUGAUGGAUAUUUUUAAGUGUACGCCUUCAUCUUGCCUUGGAGGACAAGCGUCAUUACCAAUGAAAAGCUUUAAGACAGUUUUAAAAGGUUAUCUGUUGCAUUUGGGCGACCACGUAGGACAAAGAGAGAAAGAUUGAAACCUAUGCUAUUUUUUUUGUCCUUCUCAAAUGGAGAGCUUCACAUUUUAUUAUUUUCUAGAGGGCGCAGUGUUCGCUCUCCAUGUUGCUCCAAACCUGCAUUACUUUGUCACCAGAGGAAAGGUCAGAGGGUCAACAAAACCAUUACAAUCCACAUUAAUAUAGAGUGGAACAUGCUCCACACAAAGGACGUAUGAACACAACCUUAAACCUGGACCACAUCCAGGUGGAUCUCACAUAUUUAUGUGACCUGAUAAUUCCCACUCCACGUUUAUCUCCCAGCUGCCAAGAAAUCCAGCUGCAAAAGGUUUUGUGAGCACUUUGAGUCUUGAUGCAUGAAGCAAAGCUGGAACUGUGGAGGAGAUUGGAGAACAUUUGAUCUUUAAUCAGCAGUUUAAUCAGACGCAGUGAUCUUUGUAGAAUGUGCGCCAAGGCCUUUGUGUAUCAAAGGACCGCACAGGCGCCACACAUAAAGCUCCAUUCAAAUCAGGAAGUUCAUUUCUGCUGAUCCCACAUUUAGGACGCUAAUAAUGACAAAAAACAAAAUAUUAAUAACGGAAUACCCCCCAAAAAAAGAUCAUGAGAAGAUACUUAAACUAGCAUGUGACUCAGUCUGUUCUACAUGGAAACUCUACUGCCACUUCAGUCUUACAGUAAACAUCUUUCUUAUCGAACAAAAAUUUCCUGAUUGGCUCAAAAAUGGAUAAGAGCAAACACAAGAGAGAGUAAAUGACGUCAAUUUUUGUGAAAAUUUUCAACCAACGUGUGAUAUACAAAGUAAACCCUGACACGAAAGGCUGCUAAAUGAUUCCUGCACAAAUAAACAGGCCCAGGCUGCCUUUCUGGAACAUAGUGGGGGCUGUUUCCCAGAAGUUCACUAAACCUUUACCUCUUGGCCAGACUGCAGCCGUCAGAGCUACACGGCUGCACCGACGUGUAGACAGUCACAGAACAAACAGAGAUAAAACGGGCAGACUGGAACGCACCUCAGCGCUGUGGAGAGCGGAUAAGACGCCGGCCCGCUCCCCUCGGAGACGCAACAUUUCCUCAAAGACGCUUUUCAUCUUUUACUGUAUUUACUUCAAACUGUCCUAAGGAUCAAUAACCCCGCCCCCUCCAUCUUCACCUUCUAUCGCUGUAAAUCUCUCCAUGUUUGCCUUCGACCCAGAAACAGACGGCUGUGAACCCCGUCAGGCAUUUCACACCUCCACUCCAGCUUGUCUGGUAAAUAUAUCCACCUCUGUGAGCAGAUGAGCUGCCAGUCCCCCUCCACCCCUCCGCCCCCUCGUCUCACUGACAAACCCCCCGAGGGUGAGCCAGGCACCGUGAAACUCUCUUUUAUGGCUUUCUCUACUGUGGAUAUGUAACCUUUGCUUCAUCUCUGUUCUGCUGCAGCUCAUUGUGUAUUUCAACAAAGUUUUUUUUUUUGUUGUUUUUUUUUUUUGGAGCUAUGUCAAGUUCAGAUUCAGUCUGACAGCAGCGUGCUGAGAAGUCAUACAAACACAUUUGGUUGUGUCUCGCUUUGAAGUGAACCUGGCUUGGAUUUCGUCACCACAUUUACAAACAAACAGAAAUUCACAGCCACACAAGGUCAAUGUGAAAAUAAAGUAGAGGAGUGGAAACAUGGCAAACCAGCGUCUCCAGCCACUCGCCCGUUCGGGCCUAUGAUGUAGUUGGAGGGAAAGUGGUGAAGCAACUUACAUAUUCAUAGAUUCCUACAGCUCUUGGGGCAAAAGUGUAAAUUAUGUUCUGAGGGAAGAACCUCAUUUAUACAGUACAUGCAAUCAAUCUGUGAUCUGCCACAGAGUCGUUGUUUACACUGCAGUCAGAUCUCAGAUGGGUGUAAAUAACUACACAGGCCGACCCCAUUCAGAUGAAAGGUUGCGUCGCUUAGCUGCUGCCUCCUCUAACAUACAUGUGUAAAAGUAUUCCUGAUACUCGCUGAGUUCUGGUGGUUCUAGCCUGGCCCAGUCUUCCCAUAUGUCCACCAGCAAUGGCAGCAAUCUGGCUUCUACGAGGCCUUUCUGUGAUUUAACAUAAUCAUUCAAAGAGUUUUAAAUGUGUCUUUGUUCCACUAUUCAGCUAUAAAAUAAUACAAAGGUCAAAUUACUAGACUCAAAUAUGCUAAUAAAAUUGCAUAAAUGAAGUAAGAUGGUUCUUUGGGUUGAAAGUGAUAUUAAA